CAGUUAUAUCACUCUGGGUCUGCUGCUCAACGCGCACCAACGGCAACUCCCAUGUCAGCAUCCAGUCCCCGCCCACACGGUAUACGCCGCGGGUGGUUAACGAGCCAACAUCAGCGCGGCCGCUUGUUCUCCGGCAGACACCGAGGAGAGGCCGAGCCUUGACAGGAGCAGCGCGGCUGGGAAGGUCUCCUUAAAGGACGCAGGGGUCGCAGUGACAUGGGCAGCCAACGUUCCUUCACACCCUGCAGAGCGAACGCCAGAGUCCCGCCUGAAGCGGCAAGCAGAAAAUGACUCAGCGAAAUGGAAUCAGGGGCUCGAGUGAUCCCAGUCUCCACUCGGAGACCUCCAAGGCUCGCGAGCUGGCCAACGGCCUGCACCACGAAGAGGAGCGGGGGGCCGCCGACUGUGAGAGGAGGCGGGGGAGUGACAGCGGAGACCCCGCGGCUGUAACGGGAGGAGCCGUCCCAGCUCCGGAUGGCGGUUGGGGCUGGGUGGUGCUGGUUGCAACCAUCCUGGUCCUGGCUUUGACCCUGGGCUUUCCCUCCUGUGUGGGGAUCUUCUACACAGACCUGCAGAAUGAGUUCCACGCCUCCAACAGCGAAACGUCCUGGGUGCCCUCCAUCAUGACGUCAGUGCUUCAUGCAGGAGGUCCCUUCUGCAGCGUGCUGGUGGGGAAGCUCGGCUGCAGGGCGACGGUCAUGUUGGGCGGGGUCCUGAGUGGGCUGGGGAUGGCCGCCAGCUCGUUCACCCGCUCCAUCACCGAGCUGUACGUCACCGCUGGAGUGAUUACAGGACUGGGCUUCUGCUUCAGUUUCCAGCCGGCUGUGACCAUCCUGGGCCACUACUUUGUGCGUCGCCGCGCGUUUGCCAACGCCAUGUCCUCCACGGGGACCGCGCUGGGACUCUGCACCCUGCCUUUCCUGGGAAACUACCUCCACACGGAGUUCGGCUGGAGGGGGAGCUUUCUCAUCCUGGGGGCGGUCCUGCUGAACUGCUGCGUGUGCGGCGCCGUGAUGAGGCCCCUUCAGCCCAAGAGGCGCCGCGGCCAGCCGCUGAUGGACCACCCUCCGUUGGAGAAGGAGACAAAGCAGAGAGGAUGGAUCAGGACCGUUUGGAGGUUUUUUGUGGCCUCCCUGAAGGAACACAUGGCCUUCGAUCAGCUCCUCCACAACAAGCGCUAUUGUGUGUUUGCCAUUGGCAUCACGGUGAUGAUGCUGGGGUUUGUGGUGCCGUUGAUCUAUCUGGUUCCCUACGCCACGGCUCACGGCAUGGAGCCGGGCCGGGCGGCGCUGCUGCUCUCCAUCCUGGGCAUCGUUAACAUCGUGGUGCGGCCGCCCUUCGCCAUCAUGUUCAACCUGCCCUGGUUCAAAGGGCGGCACAUUUACGUGUUCGCCUCGGCGCUGCUCUUCAACGGGCUCAGCAACUGCAUCUGCUGCAUCGGGGCCGGCUUCCCCGUGCUGGUGGGAUACGUGGUCAUGUACGGGCUUUCCAUGAGCGUGGUCGGGUCGCUGAUGUUCACCGUCCUGAUGGACAUCGUGGCGAUGAGCCGCUUCCCUUCGGCGCUGGGCCUGCUCGCUGUCAUGGAGAGCGUCACGCUGCUGAUUGGACCUCCGCUGGCAGGAAUCCUGGUGGACAGAACAAGAGAGUAUUUCUACGUCUUUAUAGCCUGCAGUGCCGUCGUUGCCUUCUCCGGUGUGUUCCUGAUGCUGUCCUUCUUCUGGCUGGAUAAAAAGGAGAGCAAGGCGUCGAAGCAGGGUCAGCUCCCUGCCCAGUCCGAACCGCUCAAAGCCGCUGCCGAGUACAGCAGCCUUUCCCAGGAGGGAGACAAGGCCUCGGCCUGGGGACGGGGUGCACCGCCAGCCUCUGAGCCGGAUCACGUCGUGUAGACGUGCACGGGCGUCGGCGCUCCGGCAGCUUUGAGGCUCAUUCGUGAUAUCUGGGGCAUGCCCGCCAGCCGAAUGCGUUGAAUGUUUUUGCGCUGUUUUGGUUAAAGUUGCAUACCAAAAUGGACAGAUGUGCUCUUACAAACAUGAAUGUGAUUGUACUGUUUAUUGUCAAAUGCUGCUGAACUCAUCACUCACACACUAUCUCAUUAGAGUCUGUCAGUCAUGCCAAGAGAAAACAAAAAUCUCACACUAA